AUGCCAAACUGUCUUACUGAAGCCUUUUUUAACCCAGAUCUUCAACGGCAAAGACUAAACACUCACCAAUAUUCUGAAAAUGACAACAAGCAAACAAUGAGCAAAAUGGACAACCAUCACCUGGCUGAUUUUGUUGAGUUACAACUGAAGUCCACAAAUGACUUUGACGCAGCAUAUGACAUAGUGAUGAAUGCUGGUUGAGGUGAUUACAUGCUAAAGUUUGUUGCUAUUCAGCCAGGGGAUUGGCCUUGUCAAUUUUACUGCCGUCAGAUAAUCUACCACUGCCUUAAAAAAUAUAUUCUCUACAUGAUCAUUCCACAUAUUCAUAUCCAUCCAUUACUGGUUCUGACAAGGAGGAAAGCUUGGAAGUAA